UUUAUUUCAGGUUGAGAACGCAGGGAAAGGCAUAACAUACUAACAUAGUACUGUUUUGUGCUGUUUGUUUCUCGGUUGUGGUUUUCUUGUUCUGUAUCACUAAUGGCUAAUAAUAAUUCAGCAAGAAUUGAAACUCUUGAUGUUGUUUUAGAUGUAAACAAGGACUCCUCCAGAACAUGUGAAGGCUCUGACUCCUAUGUCUCUGUCCCUUUCUUGCAGAAGUUAAUAGCAGAGAUGGUGGGAACAUAUUUCUUGAUAUUUGCAGGAUGUGCUUCUGUAGUGGUGAACAAUAACAAAGACAACGUUGUAACACUUCCUGGGAUUGCAAUUGUUUGGGGACUCACUCUUAUGGUACUUGUUUACUCUCUUGGUCAUAUCUCUGGUGCUCAUUUCAAUCCUGCUGUCACCCUUGCUUUCGCUUCAACAAGGAGAUUUCCUUUAGUACAGGUACCAGCUUAUUUAUCAGCUCAGGUCUUGGGAGCUACACUUGGUAGUGGAACUUUGAAACUAAUAUUCAGUGGCAGCCAUGAUCAGUUUACAGGAACACUUCCAACUGGAUCUAAUUUUCAAGCUUUUGUACUUGAAUUUAUAAUCACUUUUUUCCUUAUGUUUGUCAUUUCUGGUGUGGCCACCGAUAACAGAGCGAUUGGUGAAUUAGCUGGAAUUGCAAUUGGAUCUACAUUAUUACUUAAUGCGAUAAUUGCAGCACCAAUAACAGGAGCAUCAAUGAAUCCAGCUAGAAGUUUAGGACCUGCAUUUGUACACAAUAAAUACAGAGGAAUAUGGAUAUAUUUGGUGUCACCGAUUUUAGGAGCGGUGGCCGGAGCAUGGGUGUACAACACUGUGAGGUACACUAACAAGCCAUUGCGUGAGAUCACGAAGAGUGCAUCCUUCCUGAGAGAAGCAGGGCGUGGUGGACAACAAAUAAUCUAAGCAAAUGGAAACAACUUGCCUCCAACUGUAAUGCAUGCAGAGAGUCAAUAAGAUUUUUAGCUCUGUACAUGUCUUUCUUAGAGAUAAUAUCAAUCGAAAAUUAAAUAAAAAGUUGUCUGUGUAAUAUUUUCACUAAUAUAUGUACUAUGGAUCAAGAUCCAUUGUAGUUUUAAAAGGAAUUGCAUUGCAUUGCAUAUUUCAUGCCUCUCGUAA